AUGCUGGUCCAGGACAAGUGGGCAGCUCUCCAGAACAAUAAGGACUGCAAGACUUCUAACAUAAACAUCCAUGUGAGACCCAAAGUGCCACUUCUGGAUCAGCCUUUAAAACGCUACCUUAGUGAUGUCCUGAGUGAGAUGGGGUGCGACAUUAUCAACACCAAACUCAACAUGGUGAGCGCUCUGCUUGGCUCCAGGACCCCCACCCUCCCGCUCGGGGGUCUGGGAGAUCUGCCCCCCUUUUCCAUCAUCAGUGGCAACGCUAUCAAGCUGGACCUAAACCUCCCCUUUGAGGACAUGGAGGGGAGUGUGGUGGCCUCCACGCAGGGACGGCCAUUCACUGCCACCCUGCUGCUGGCCACCGGCCACCCGCCACAGCUCAGCCUCUCCCAGCGUGCCCUCGACGUCCUGCUGGAGCCGGUCCAGGGGCAGGAAGCCUUUAACCUCAACAUCACUGACUUCAUGGUGCCCGAUAGCAUCUCGCUGUCCACAUCUGCCCUUCUCCCAGUCAUCCCCCAGCUUGCCAAGAUCCUCCCCGGCUCUCUGCCACUGGAGCUGCACGUGCGGGUGGCCAACGAGCCGGUGGUGGCCGUGAGGGGCAGAAGAGCCACUGCCACCCUCAAAGCCUCUAUUGAUGUCUUCAGUCCCCUCCUGCAGUUGUCCCAGAAGCCCCUCUUCUCCCUCGACACGGACAUCAUUCUGAACGUCAUCCCAUCAGUGUCGGAUGGCAAACUGCGAACCACCCUGGAUCUUGACAGGUCUCCCCACUUGCAGAAUGGCUCAAACAAGUCCUUGCGGCUGCAUACGUACCCGCCAUUAUCCCCCCCUGCCAUUAAUGAUGCCUUGAGCGUGUCGGUCCCUCUGCCCAACAUUCUCAACACCAGCCUCAGGAACGCCAAGGUUGACAUCACCGAUGUCCUGCCAGCACCCACAGCUGCUGCCAGCCGAGCAGAAGACACCAUGCCACCGAUCCUGGGCAUCGCCCUCUUGUAUGCCCUGCUGACCCCAUCGCUAAGCCAGCCAAAAGAUGCCGUCCUCAGGCUCAAUAAAGGUGUUUUAACUGAUGCUCUUACAGGCUCGCUCAGGCAAGGCAAUGCCCUCCAAGGUGUCCUCGGAGAGGUGCCACUUGGAAGUGGACGUCCCAGCACAGAUGGAAGUGGAGACCUGUUGGGUGGCCUCGGAGGAGGUCUCCUUGGUGGUGGCAGCGGCGGUGGUGGUCUGCUUGGUGGUAUUACUGGUGGUUUGCUGGGCGGCAAUGGUGGAGGGCUGCUAGGGGGGCUGACUGGUGGUCUGCUUGGUGGAGGGGGUGAUGCUGGUGGUGGCUUGCUGGGUGGAGGAGGUGGUGGAGGCACUUACAGGGAGAAGCCCAGAAACCCUCCCAGAGGCUGGCCAGCAGCUGGUGGUGAUAUUCCCUGGGAUGGCAUCCCCAUGGGGGUUGCUGGAGGAGCGCUGGGACAAGGAGGUCUGCUUGGUGAUGGAGGUCUCCUUGGCACGACAGGGAUCCUCAGUGGUCCUGGUGGCCUUCUAGGCAGAGGAGGGCUUCUGGGCGAUGGAGAGCUGCUGGGAGGCAGCGGCCUGCUCGGCGUCCUUGGGGAAGGUGGCUUGCUCAGCACCAUCCAGGGGCUCACUGGGCUGAGGAUCGUGGAGCUGACUCUCCCCAGGGUGUCCCUGCAGCUCCUGCCUGGCGUCGGCAUCCACCUCAACCUCUACACACGGGUGGCCCUCAAUGCCAAGUGCCUCCUGGGUUUGCUCGACAUCGCAGUGGAAGUGAACAUCACAUCGAGGGUCAGACUCACCAUGGACGGCACGGGCUACCCCAAGCUGGUGACAGAAAGAUGCAAUACCCUCCUUGGUGGCAUUAAAGUCAGGCUCCUGAGAGGCCUGCUCCCAAUUGUGGAUAAUUUAUUGGCAAGUGUCCUGAACAGACUUCUUCCUAAUCUGCUCUGCCCAGUGGUUGACAUCGCGCUGGGACUCGUCAAUGACAAGCUGGGUCUUGUGAACUCACUGGUGCCCCUGGGUUUGCUGGGCAGUAUCCAGUACACUGUGUCCAGCCUUCCCCUGGUAACUGGCCAGUUCCUCGAGGUAGACUUGAACACUGUCGUCGGGCGAGUGGCAGGAGGCCUGGUGGACUAUCCUCUGGGAAAGUCAGAAGCUGUCUCCACACCUCCACGCGUCCCCAUGCCACCCCUGCCACCCAUGGCAGACACCAGCUCCUCCCAGCUGGGCCUCUCUGUGAACUUCCUCAGCUCGGUGCUGUCUGUCCUGCAGAAGGAGGGUGCCCUGGACCUGGACAUCUCCACCGGCAUGUUUCCUGAGCUCCCGCCACUAACGACAUCGACCCUUGGAGCCCUGGUUCCUGCAAUUUUCAAGGCAUACCCCGAGUCACAUGAAUUGCUGCUGAAAAUUGCAGUCCCUGAAGCACCAGUGGUGACCUUAAAGAAAAAUAAAGGUGUGAUCCAGCUCAUGGCUACAACAGAGGUGAUGGUGAUCCACCCAGAUGAUGUCCAGAAGUCUCUCUGCUUUCUGAAUAUCGAUGCCUCCUUGCUGGCCCAGUUUUCAGUCGAGGACAACAAACUGAAGAUCAGCGUCAGCCUGGAGAAGGCUAAUCUCUUCUUGGUGUCUUCAUCCGUUGGUGGUUUUGAUGUCUCACUCCUGGAGAUGCUCGUUGGCCAGAUUUUUGAUGUUGCCUUCCUGCCUGCACUGAACAGUGUGCUAGGAGUGGGGGUUCCCCUCCCCAGGUUGCUGAACAUCGACUUCACCAAUGCAGAUGUUGAUGUUAUCGAAGAUCUCCUCGUGCUGUUGGUGUGA